CAUUGCGUAACGCAUUUUCACUCAGGUCUAAGCAGUACCCGGUUUUAUCUUCACUCCGUAUUCACGCGUUCGAAGGAAAGCGCGCGCUCUCUUCAAAUCAGUACUAUUUUUAAUUCGACUCGGUCUUACUCUUGAGUUAUUAGGAAUUUGUUCAAUUUAUGACUGACUGUAAUUCGAUAGGAAGAUAAGAGCAUUCAUGUUAAGUGCCAACAUGUGAGUGCAGUGAGGUCUGGACAGUGCUUACAUCCAGUUAGUGCAGCUUCCAAGUGCAUCUCUGAUUUUUUUGAACUUGACUUGCCAAAAACAGAGCAUCAUGAAAUUGCUAUUGACCUUCGCCACGUUGCACCUAGCUCUUGGAGCAUCAAUCGUUGAUGUGACGUGUCCCGAAUCCUGCACUUGCCGAGUUCAGGACGAACUUUCCUGUAGCUCGUACGAGUUCAUCAAAAAACUCGUCCCGAAACAAGUAUCAACAAUAGUGCAUUUGAACAUAAACAACGCUUCAGUGAUCACCGUCGACUCCAAGCUGAAGUAUUUAAAAAAUUUGCGCUCCCUGGAUUUGUCAGGCAACACAAUCACCGUGUUGCCAUCACAGUUUCCGUAUUUGCCAAAGCUGAAGAGUCUUAACUUGAGCGCGAAUUACUUGAGCAGUGUCGAGUUUGCGCAACUUCCGAAAAAUUUAGAAGUGAUUGAUUUGAGGCAUAAUGUGAUUGAGAAUUUCCCGAAGGACUGGGGCGUUUUGAAAGAACUGAAAAGUGUUUAUUUUGGCGACAAUUCCAUCAAUUGUGAUUGUGACAAUUUGGCGGUUUUUGAACAAUUGCGAAACGCUGGGAUUGUUUCGGAAAACCUGACGUGUCACUACCCUAAAGAGUUUCACGGCCGGUCUUUGGACUCAGUUAAUUGUUUCUUGAUCAAGGAAAAUUUGUUGAAUUCGAUGUUGGGUGAUGAGGCUGGGUCAGGUCAAGACGAGUUUGAAGCCAAAGAACUGGACGAACAAGAAGAAUUUUUCAAGGCGGAAGACAUAGCUCACACGAGCGAAGACCUUACUGAAGGUAGUGGUGAUGAGGGAAGUGGUGACACUCCAAUUCCAAUUGAGCCAAAAGCUUGCCACUUCAACUGUUCUACUGCCAAUCCGAUCGGAAUCCACGACGAAGUCAAUGCUUCGCCUGCUCCCGACCUGAAGGAAGGAGUUGUGAUGCUCUUUGAAGACGUUCUCCAACCGGAACCAGAAACCACCACCACCACCACCACGGAAAGCCCAGUCACAAAUUUAGUACACACGGGAAAAGAAGAACCAACUUUCGUCAAAGAGUCCGACAAAGGUGAAGUCGAAACGUUCCCAACUAACGAUACCGUUUUGGGCGAAAUGGAACGAGCGAGUUUCGAAAAUUCGAACACCCAGUCUGUGUACAUAGUAGUAGGGCUUGUAAUAGCCCUGAUUGCCUUCCUGAUCGUUUACUACGUGAAUCGGAAGAACCAGAAGCGGAGGAAUCAGCGGAAACGCAACAAAUCGAACGAAAACGGCUGUGGGGAAGAAAUGAAACCGCUAGGUGUGAAAGUUCCGAUUGAGCAAAUCAACACCAAGACCAACUUUGAAUCUGCGCCUUUGUUGAACGGCAACGGCAAAAUUAGCGAUGAUGUUGAGUUGCGUAAAACUGAAUUAUCGCCCCAGCCGGAACGAGUGACGAUCAAAGCGUCAGAACUACCCGAUUCGAUUCCGAAAACGCCGCUUCUUGUCCAUCGCCAAGUGGACAGUGACGGGAAAAUUGUCACAACGGCAGUGAAUUCCAACUAGUGAUGUGAAUACCUCAGUAUUUAAUAAAAGAUACGUAUGUGAUAAUAAUCUUAUGCGGUCGUUCCUAUACUUUAGUCGAUACUUAUUACGUAAGUUCGCAUUUUGACUGUUCGACUGUUAUUGUAUAUUUACUUAUUUUUAUGUUUAUAUAUUUAUAUAUCGUUACCAAAGUGAAUUUUACGUGGAGAGAGAUUACUAGCAGGUGGUGCUUUGUGGUAAUGACUCGGUCCUUUGCUUGGAGAAGUGAUUCGCCAGUGCCAUUAGUUUCGAUGAGUCACGAAAAUGUUUAGUAACUUAAUUUAAUAUAGUUUGCGAAUUGUGAUUUUAUUUAAUUUGUUUUCUACUUAUUUAUUUCGAAAUGCAAAAAAUCGAAACUAAGAUGGAUCGGGCCCAGGGUAGGUUUUAGUGUGAGUCAUUGGUUAUGUUGGUUAUGAACAUACUCAUCGUUUUUGUAUCAAUUUCGCAACUUAAUAAAUCGUUUAAAUUUG